AUGAGCUCCAAAACACACGUCCUACGCCUCUACAGGCGAUCCCUCAAGCUCGCCCUCGACUGGAGCGUCCACCGCUACCUCUGGCGCGGACAGGCUCUGUACAUCCGCGAGCUGUUUGAGGCCAAGAGGCAUGUCACAGAGCCUCGAGUGAUGCGCGACUUGAUCAAAGAGACAGAGGAGCUGCUCGAAAAGUGGAAGCACCCGGAUCCUUACCGCCCGCCCACGGCUCCUGGAGGCUCAAAGUACGAGCGCAACCUGCCGUGCCCAAUCACCGACCCUCCGCCAAAGAUGAUCUUGUAG